AUGAUAAUCUUCAGUAAUUUCGUAUUUUCUGCUCCUGCUAAAAUAAAAAAUUCAGAAAGCUUGAUGAGAAGGCAAACAUCUUGCGUAGCAAUCGCUUCAGGAGAAACGGUAUGCAGAAUAGAACAAGCCGUUUGCGAAGGAACUAAUAAUGUUGAAUGCGGAAACGGUCGUUGCUGUCAACAAGGACAAAUUUGUAUGGCUGACGACGUUUGUGCAAUAUGUACGUCUGAAGGUUGUGUAGGAUAA